AUGAUCACAGGCCCUGUCCACGCCGUCAAAUACUCGGCAACUCCUGGAUCUUACAUACUCACAGGCUCUGGAGACCGUUCCAUCCGCCUGUACAACCCAUUUUCUAACAUUACCGUGCCGGAACCCCAGUCUGGACCAAAGCCGGAAGUGCCUCACGGCCGUCUGAUUCAAACGUACUCAGCGCAUGGCUAUGAAGUCCUCAGCCUUGACGUCGCAGCAGACAAUGAGAAAUUUGUCUCGGGCGGCGGCGACCGCUCGGUCUUCUUGUGGGAUGUUGCUACGGCCGUAACAACCAGACGGUUCGGAGGCAACGUUCACGGACAUUCAGCACGAAUCAAUUGUGUCAGUUUCGCGGGGGAUGGCGAUUCGUUGGUAGUCAGUGGUGGCUUCGACACUACCGCACGGAUAUGGGACAUGAAGAGCGGCAGCGUCAAGCCCAUUCAGGUGCUUAGCGACGCUCGAGACGCAAUCACAUCGCUGGCUGUUCGGGGUCCCGAGAUUGUUACGGGCAGUGUGGACGGGAGAGUGAGAAACUAUGAUGUAAGGAUGGGUCGAUGCACGGUUGAUGUGAUGGGAGCAAGUGUCACCAGUCUUUCUUUUACAAAGGAUGGCCGUUCAAUGCUGGUAGGCACACUGGACAGCAAAGUGCGACUGAUGGAUCGCGAGAACGGUAGCUGUCUUCGGGCAUAUUCCGACCCUGCGUGGAAGAACGAAGAAAUCCGGGUGCAAUCGCUCCUUGGCUGCCGCGAGAAGUACGUGAUUGCAGGUGACGAGAUGGCCAUGGAACCCGGGCGCAGUGGCGAGGGUAGAAUAUGGGCGUGGAAUUUGCUCACGGGCAAAGUCAUGGCCAAAGUAACUGUGCCCUGGGGCCCACAAGGGUAUGAGCAAAAGAGGAAGGCUAUCGGCAGAGACGGUAAAGAAAAGACACGGAGCAAUGUCACUAGCUGUCUGGCGUGGAGAGAGGAUGGCUGGGGAGAUCAAUUUUGUGUAGGAGGUUCCUCCGGAGUCGUUGCAGUUUUCAAUGUCUAA